AUGCGGCUGCUGCUGCUCCUGCUUUUGGCGGCCAUUUUUGGCCAGGUCGCGCCGAAGAAGAUGUCCGAGAUGGCCGAGAAAGUAGACUACCAACAAUGCAUCCUGCCGCUCGACGAAAAUGAGAAGAAGCCGGCUAAUAUCACUGUGGCGGGAGUGACGACGGGCUGUUUCUACUACGAGGCUUCGCUCAAGGCCAUUGAGACGGCAUCAGCCCUGGUGCGCAAGUAUGAAGUCAACCACGAGAGCUUCCAUAUGCUGUCUCGGGAUAAGAAGGACUGCCGCGGUGUCAAGGUUUUUGUCAUUCCUGUGGAUGUGUACGAGCGCCAUGGUUACACCGUCAAGAACCUGCGGGUGGUCGUGCGGCAAAUUCAGGAUCGGCUGCAGUUUUACUACAUGCUCCAAAUGCCGGACGAGCUGUUCCCGAACAAGUAUCGCGCCAAGGCUAAUUUGUUAGUGAAACAUGGGCGUACCUACCUGUACGCGUCGAACCGUGAUGACGUGGCGUGGUCGGCGAACAGUGUGCGCGUCAUCGACUUGUACGAGCUGCUGAUGGACGCCAAUCGCACAAAAAUCGUGAACGUGCAGCCGGUGCCGGCCUACUACAGCGCCAUCGCCCUCACCCACGAGUUCGCCGCCAUUUACGACGGGACCGUCAUUCUCCAGCGAAUGGAAUCCGGCUGCGAUCGGUUCUUCGGGCACCCGGUCUACUAUGAGGAUGAUUGGUACUCGGCCGUCAAAUUUGCCGAAUACACCAUCGGCCGACGGCCAUUGGAUGCACUGUUCCCCCAAAAGCGGAUGCUUUCUGCAAGCAACGACGUAGUGGGCGACAUGGGCCGUUAUCAGCUGUACGGGCUGGCGGUGGCGUUCUUCGUGAUCAUCUACUUUGUGCGCCACGUGCCCCAGAUCAUCGACUGGUGGCGGAGGAGGCGCAGCGGGCGCGAGCUGUACGCCCGCCGGCGCCGCCAAGGCCUGCUCGCCCAGCAGCAGCAAAGCGACGGCGAGAGCGACGAGCGCCUCGCCAAGGCUGGUUACCCGGAGCAGCCCAGUCCCGAGAUGUCCAGCGAGCACGAUCAGCCGCAACAGCCAGGCGCCACGAACCGGAAGACGGCC